AUCUAGAAGAUGAACAAAAUUCGCAGGACACCCCUUCUGAUGAAAAUGGUUAUGUCGACCAGACUGAAGAUAGGGAAGAAAAUGAAACAUAUGUACAAAGACGAUACUUACGGAAGCAUACAGUCCGUUCUAUGAAAAAGGGGAUACUUCCAGAUCAGAGGUUACUGAACGAACUUUGCUUAGAAUUCGGCAGAAAAUCGAAAUUCCUAGUACACUUAUGUCACAACAUAAGCAAACAUAUCAAGGCACUGGAUGAAAACAUAUUGCAUGUUUGGGCUGCAUAUACGGUAAAAGACAGGAAUAAAAUUACGUUUGUGGUAGUUGUCAAAGAAAACGUCCGACUGGAAAAAACAAUAAAAUAUUCUUUCGUAAAGCGUGUUGUAAAUGAAUACAGUUUUGAAGCAGAGCAUGUGAUUUAUAGCGAAAAAGGGGUUUCUGUAGAUCAACACAAUUUGCAAAGACUGAAAACAAGCAUAAGCAAUCAUGCAACCGAACUAAUGAGAAGACACAAAUACCUAUCAAUUAUUUCUGGGAGUUCUGUUAGGUCAAGAAACUAUGGAAUUGAUCAAGCUAAUGCGGUCAAUUUAGUUGAACAACCUUGCAUUGUUUUGUAUGUUCAUACAAAACACUUCAUUCCAAUUGAUGAAGAGCCUUUUGAGGAACUUUACGACGGUGUUCCAGUUGAUGUUAGGGAGGGUGAAUUCGUCCCAUGCGUUCUGGCAACCGAAUACCACGAAAGCCUUAAACACAGCUGUCAGAUAGGCAGUUCCCCAGACCGCCCUCCAAAUCAUCACAUUGUACGUACCGGGAGUCUUGGAUGUUUUAUAGAUCACCCAGAGUACAAUUUGUGUGGGCUAACAUGUGCACAUGUACUGCUGUUUCCAUGGGGAUUUGAACACGUUGAAGCAGACGAAGAUAGCAAAUUAAGUUGGCCACUAUUCAAGCCUCACGACCAGGUUUUUCAGCCAGCAAGCACCAAUAACGCUAUUGGACAACUUGUUCAGGUUAUCUACCAUAAAGGCGGAAGCAGAAGUUGCGGUAUGGAAGUUGCUCUGUUUCAAAUAGAUAAACGACAGCCGGUCUCUGGCGGCUUUCCAACAAUGAGAAAUGCAGGAGGUGUUGAAAAAAUGCGUUUUGACUCUGGAAAAUCUUGUGGCAUCUCUCGCAUAGGCGAUGGUGUUGCAAUUAAAUUUGGUCCAGUGACUGACAAAACUGUCGGUAAAUUCUAUUCAGAAACAGACAACACGUCUGUCCAAACAAUUAAACAUUUUUGGGAUUAUGAGCAAUUUAGAAUAACACUUCACAAACAGUUAUGUGUCCACGCUACGGAUUCAAAUGGACAACCUAUACCGUUUGCUGCAGAGGGCGAUUCCGGAUCUCUUGUAUUUAAAAAGGAAGAAAAUGGUGAACUUGUAAGCGUGGGAAUAGUGGAAGGUAAAACAUCGUUUGGAACAACGGUAGUAACACCUAUAAAACCUAUCCUUCAGAAACUUGGAGUACAGAGUAUAAAAAGUUUUGAAAAGGAUCAAUUAAUACAACAGCUCAGAAACAUACCAAAUGAAGUUGAUAACAAAUUAAAAGAAAUAAAUAAAAAAUUUGAGGACUUCGAAUCGGGCUUUGAUAAUAAGUUAAAAGACAUGGAAUCGAGCUUGAUAAGGAAAAUCUCCGGUCUAUUACAAGGAGGGUCGGCUGGAAAUAGUUAACUCUUCGUCAUAUAUUUCAACAGAAAGGAAACAAAAUAUAUUCACUUGAAAGAAGAUUUACAAAGUGGAGAGAUGUUUGUUGUUGUUGAACAUAUUGGAAUUAACAUCAUAUGGAACCUUAGUUUACUAAAUACAUCUCUGCUAAAUUAACGACUCAAAAUUGCCAUAAUUGUUUGUUUGUAAAGAUUGUUAACAUUAGCGCAAAAUCUCUUUGCGGACAAAUGUUAUUGCCAUUGUCAAGAUUUGUACCAAAGUUUUCUCAUUAUGUAUUUCUGUGAAAUAAUUUGGAGAAUGCAAAAUCUGAAAAAAAAAAUCUAACAUAGGUAUAUUCAUAUUCAGAUUGAAGUAGACUGAGUCUCAACCGUUAUUCAGAAAGAUUUUUGAGUCAGAAAAGCGGAAAAUUAUUACACACUCUCUCUCUAUCUCUCUCCCUCUCUGUCUAUCUGUCUCUCUCUCUCACUUUAUCUAAUUCAGAUUAUGUACUGCAAAUGAGGUUUUUGAUGCAGUGUUAAAUGUAUGCAGAUGAAAAUUCAUGAGAUAUCUAAUUUAUGAAGCAAUUUGCACAUAUACGUUACUUGUUAAAAAAAAAUACUCCUACAUAAUGUAAGUACUUAAGAUUAGCUCAACAUUAUUUUAAUAACAUGAAUGAUAUUCUAUAUUAAUUUAAGUAAUAAUGUAACAUACGAUUGGGUUCUAAAAAUUAUUAUACUAGCUUUGUUAUAACUAAUCGGAAGUGCUUAAGAUACAUCAAUAGUUAGGUAUGUAUUUUAAAUGAUAUAAUAUACAGGUGUAUAUCUGUAUGUAUAUUCUAGAAAGAGAUUUUACAAUAAUGAGGUUCAAUUUUUAAAAUCUGAACAAUUUUAUUCAGUUAUUCUACUCCAUCACCAUCUAACUAAUGGUCCGUCAAACAAUCACACAUUCGUUUUCGUUUCGUAAUAUUGUCACUUACUUUGAAAAGACGAAAACUACGGAGAUAUGUGAUUCGUCUCCAAAACGUUAAAAGUCUGAUGAUGGAGAACUUUCACACGCGGCUGUUUAACACGGCCAAGUAAGGUCCUAUCUGUCAUACAGGCUGUAUCCCUAUUGUAGCUUAUAUGUACGCUAAGGGAGCUAUAGACCAAUGCAAACUUAAAUCUAUCUAAAGUAUUUGUUAGCAUAAAAUGAUCAAUCAAUCAAAACUUUAAAAUUAGUAAAGAAGUUCCUGUAAUAGUUUUGACUUAUUUUGAAUCAAGAAGGUUUUGUUUUACUUUCGUUUUAUGACUGCAUAUAAUACAAUAUUUCACUGUUUCACUGUUUUUAUAUAGUUCAGAACUGACUUAACAUUUUCAUUGAUAUUAAACUAUAUUCGGCAUUUGUCAGUCUGUUUUUAUGAUCUAGAGUAUAUCAAAGCUAUUCAGUAUGAUUAUGAGUACAUUUAGUUAGUUUCAAAUUGAUAUUCAGUAUAUUAAAAGUGUCUGCAGUUUAAUAAAAAAAAAUUAUUAACAGGUAUGAACGAGGUAUUGUGACAAUAUUUUUGGUAUUUGAAAUAGUCUAAAUCCAUUCAUCAGAUACAUAUAUUUUUCGGAUAGGUACGUAAGUAGUUUCUUUUGCGCUUUUUUUUUUUAUUGAGCACAAUAUCUAUUUUCAUUCCACUUCUUUGUGAAUUUGAAGUAAAAAAGAUCUCUUUAUGUUAAAUUAUUUAAUAGCUGUACAUUUAACCUGAUACUCUCGAUGUUUAUGACUGUUUAUACACCAAUAGGAAGUGACUACUCAAUGUUACAUGUGAAGUAGCCCAAAAUGUAAUUCCAUAUGGUAUAAUGAGUGUAUCCUUUGGCUUCGUUUCAUUGCUGAUUGUAUUGAGAAAAUAUCUAUACCACUUGCAUUGUGAAUUUCCAUGUUUUAGUUUAUUCCAUUAAGAACAUGUCUACAAAUUCGUAGUUGCUCGUAGUUGGGAGCAUUCUCAGAGUAUGUUGUGUUUGCGUAACAGAUAUUUUUUAUGCCCCCGAAGGGAGGCAUAUUAGUUUCCAACUGUCAGCCCGUUCGUUCGUUCGUUAGUUCGUUAGUUCGUCACAACGUUAACUUUUUGCAUGAAGUUACUUUACUCGCAAACCACUACACCCAGGACCUUCAAACUUCACGUGCUGAUAGUACUUAUUGAGUACACCAUCCCUUCUGACUUUGGGGUCACCAGAUCAAAGGUCAAGGUCACAGGGGCCAACGUUAACUUUUUGCAUGAAGGCACUUUACUCGCGAACCAUUGCACUCAGGACCUUCAAACUUCACAUGCUGAUAGUACUUAUUGAGUACACUACCUCUGCUGACUUUGGGGUCACCAGGUCAAAGGUCAAGGUGCUGCGGGGGCAUUUGUUACCAUUAGUGACAGCUCUUGUUCUAAUAUGUUAUAUAAUAGCUCAAUAUUUUAUUUAUUUUUAGCAAGAGUUAUGGUUUUUGGCUUUCUUACUUAAUUGAUGUCAAAAAUGUAUGCAGUUUCAAAGCUAUAGUAGUAUUCGAGAAAAGUGAACUUAAAAAACAACAACCAAGAAAUACUGAUUUUAUAUGUUGAAAUUAAAGGCCCAUAAUUCUGGCAAUAUGAAAGAGAAAGCUUUGGUUCUUCACCUACUUACCUACCUAAUGAUAAUAAACAAGUGUGCAAAGUUUCAGUGCUAUAAAUCUUGUAGAAGUCAAGAAAAGUGUAUCUAAAUAAAAAAAAUAAAAUUUCUUAGUACAUAAAGAGCCAUGCAUGUUUAAGACAAAAUACAUAUCGGACUUAUUGCUCUUAGUAUAGUUCCCUCUUAUCCCGGUACUAACGAACAUAUCAAUAAGGUCUGACCUUCAGUUUAAUUUUUGUAUCAAAACUUUAAGCCACCUGUCUGCCAUAACUUGCCAAUAAUCUUUCUUUCUCAGCCAGUGGAGAAAGUGUAAAAACACAGGAAAAUGUCAGCCAUAUUUGACCUACUUAAACAAUCCCAUAGUUCCCAAGUAUCGCGGUAUUUGAUUUUGACAGCUGCUGGACACGCCUGCUUGCGUCAUCAUGUGACCGCAACAAUUUCAUUCAUAAAAACAGUGCAUCAGACGAUCAUUUUGAAGCUGUCCGGGCUGUGUAUUUAGUUUAACUUGAAUAACAGCGUUUUUAGGUGGGAAGGGGUGAUGAGCAGAUGUAUAAGUUUAAGAUAUUGGAUGGCUGCGAUAAAACUAAUUAAAGUAUUAGAUCACUAAUAGUAAUGUUUACAAAAGGUCUUUGCUUGGUAUAUUCUGAAAGGUAACCGUGUUUUGCACUAUUUUGCAAUUUUUAAACAACUUUUACCGUGCCGUAUUUUAUAAAUUUUGUAUAACUUAUAGUAUCUCCUCAAGCUCAAGUAGAGACAACUUUCAAAGUGAUAGCCAUUAUCCAAAACGUUCGCAGAGAACUCAUUUUACCAUUAAUAUUAAUAAAAGAAACAUCAAACUAUUGGUAAACAAUUAUAAAACACAAAAUAAAAAUGUCAAUAUCAUUUUUUCUAUGGUGCCUCAAGUAAACGGAUUUAAUGAUUACCACGAUAUGAGGGAACCCGCGAUAUUACCGGACACCACUAUACAUACUCACCUAAUGAUGCUAAACAAGUCUGCAAAGUUUCAAAGCUAGUAUUCAAGUAAAGGGGACCUAAACAAAAAUUUAACCAAGAAAUUCAAGUUUUCUAAGUACAAAAAGGGCCAUAUAUCUGACAAAAUGCAUGUUACAGUAAUUAUUCUUGGUCUCUUGGCUUAUUCACCUAAUGAUGAUAUAUAAGUGUGCAAAGUUUCAAAGCUAUAUAUGUUAUAGUUUUUGAUAAAAGGCGGACCUAAACAAAACUUUUAACCUCAUUGUAGGUAGCUCUAGUAAGUCUGAUGAAUUGCUCAUUUUGUUACGUUAGGAUUGUUUUCUAGCGGAUAGAUGACGUAUCGAAUUUAUAAAUGGGGAAUUGAAAAUAAGAGAAUGUGUGAACCUGUCAUAUACAAUACCAUUAUAUAUUGAAACAAUAUUACCUCUUUGAUAUAUUGAACGGGCGGAGUUGUCCAGCAUCAGGAUAAGAGUCCCGUACAUUGGUGGUUUACACCUGGAACACUAAAGAAACAGAGAAACUUCUAGAAUUGGAGCGUCUUCUGUAUCUUGCACUAUCCUCAAACUAAUAAUUAAGUAAAGUAACAGUUUACGAUAUGGGUUGCCAGUCGCAAGUGUAAAUAAUCUGACACACACUCUAGAUAGCUCUACAUAGAACUGUUUAAAAGCAUGCAUGUUUCAUAGAAAAUUACUUAGGCCUAAACAAUUGCUUGAUCAGUGUAACCCGGGCAUAUCUCAAAAAUUGUUCUUAACUUUUACCCUGCUAAAUUUCUAAAAUGAACUGGACUAUCAUUCUAUUUGGGCAGUACCAUUUAUUAUUUGAAGAGGUAUUCACUGAAAAUUUACUGACUGAAUAGCGAACAGUGUAGACCAUGAUCAGACUGCACGGAUGUGCAGGCUGAUCUUGGUCUGCACUGGUCGCAAAGGCAAUAUCACUUGCCGCCAGCAGGCUAAGGUUAAAGGUUCCCAUCUGGUGACACUUAUUAUCAGGUUAAGCCCUACAUGAAAUCGGUUUCAUAAUGGUAAUUAUCAAGGAAAUUCUUACGACUUAUAUUUUUUUGAAUAACAUUAUUUUUCAUUAAUUAUCAAGAUGAUAAGCGCUUUAAAUGGUUUAGAUAUAUUUCAAAAAGACUUAUAUAUUAGCACAAGUAUGUUUUGAGAACUCCCCUAAUUAUUUCCAAAGUAUGUAUUCCAUUCAUGAAGUCCGUGUUCUGAUCAGUGAGUUUACGAGGAUUGUUCAAAUAUGAAUGCAUCUAGAACGUUAUCUCGCUCAAUAAUGCGAACAUCACGCGGGAAUUAAGGUUAUUGGGUCGAUAAACAUGUUAGCUUUACAUUGAUACCACACCCAUUAAAAUCCGUUCACUUUAGCUGUCUAUCGCUCGUUAAACAUUGCCUACUCGUGUAUAAUAAUACAAAAUGGUUGGAAGAAGGUCAGCGUACGCCGUUGAAAUACGGUCCUAUAUUAAGAAUCGUUGUAUUCUUGGCAUAUGAUGUAAAGUCAUUUUUGAUGAAAUAUGUUCUGUUUAUGGGCAUAAUGAAAUGUAUUUUUCGACAGUUAUUCGUUGGUUUAAGAAAUUCAAAUGUGGGUUAGUUUCAACAGAAGAUGCACCACAUGACCGUCGGCCGAAAACAGCAACGUCUGCCAAGAUGAUUGCUAGAGUGAAAGAAAUAGUUGCUACUGAUGCAAGAUACACCGCUAGGCAAAUAGCUAGUAUGGUUGGCAUCUCAUUAGGAGCAGCUCAUACAAUUCUGAAACGUAAUUUGAAAAUGAGAAAGAUCUGUGCUAGAUGGAGUUCCCAUCUGUUGACAGAUGAGCAGAAAAAGGCACGCGUGCAAUGCGCAAAAUUGUUGCUUAAACAGUUUCCAAAUUACAAUGCACGGUCUUUCGCAAAUGUCGUCACUGGUGACGAGACGUGGGUUCACUUUUUUGAGCCCAAACGAAAGAUUCAGAACAAAAUAUAGGCAAUAAAGUCUGGCAAUAGACCAUGCAUUGCAAAGCGGACCAUGAGUGUCAAGAAGGUAAUGUAUGCUAUAUUCUUCACAACUCAGGGUCCUGCCAUUCAGGUUGCUGUACCUAAAGGCAAAUCCGUAAAUGCGACGUUUUACAAGACUAAAGUUCUUCGAAAACUGAAGAAAUAUUUCAAAAAUCGAAGACCCGCAACUAGUUUGGUAACUGAUUGCUACUUGACAAUGCGUCAUCGCACAAGGCGUCUUUUGUACAAGACUUUCUGAAGCAGGAAAAGGUUGUUGUGUUCCCUCUCCCUCUUUAUUCUGCCUGACCUUGCCCCGUGUGACUUCAUUUUGUUCCCAAGGCUCAAAAAAUACCUUUCUGCUCGAAAAUGUGUGCAGCGCAAACGCCUCGGUUCUGCAAUAUUCCAGUGUCUUCAUAGUAUACCUAGAAAAGACUAUGAAAAUGCCUUCAAGGAUUGGAUUAGAAGACUGAAACUUUGCAUAUCUGUUCGAGGGGACCAAAUAAAAAUUUCGUUGAAAUCUAUCAAGGAUACAUUUUUAUGUGCUAAGAUGCAUUCAUAUUUGAACAAUCCACGUAUGAAAGCACUUUCGAAAAUGUAGAAAAGCUGUAUUAGAUUACAAUAAAAUAUUACAUAAAACUAAACUAUUUAAAUUUCGAUUUUUUUUAUAUUUCAUAAAUGUUGCUAUCUGUUUUGAAAAGUUACAUGUAGUGAUGCUCAUAUAGAGGCAUUCACAUUUGAUAUUUAUUGUGCCAAAUGAAAUUUAGUUUAGUUUAUAUGUGAAUGAAUAUUUCAGUAUGUUAAAAAAAACAGCCUUAUUAUGUCCUUAUGUUGCAGAAAUCAUGCAAUAUGUUAAUAUACUUUGUGGAGUCCUUUUUGUGCUUCUGAUUAAAGAAGUUCCUUCUAAGACGUGAGGGAUGUUGCUCAUUUCAUUACCUCUGUGAAAAGACUCAAUCAAACCUAGUCUGCUAUUUUCUUGAUUGGUAAAUUUGUUUUCGAUUUUAUCAGCAUAUUUUAUAUAAUAAUAAUUCAGACUGAGUGGUCGGUAUGUAACGUGACAUUACAAUCUCGUUUUUCUGAAGCAUUCAGUUUUAUCUUAACACAUUCAGUAUGUUAAAUAUGUCAUGAAUGUUCCAGUAUAAUUGUUCUAAAACGUAGAAAGAAUGAUUGUGGUAAUUGAGAAUUAUUUGUAGGUCCUACAAAUGUGUCUAGUCCUUUUGGCUAUUUGUUCUGCUAAAGAUGGACCCACUCCAUCUUUCGUAGGUCUCCUUUGCCUUUCAUAAGUGAAAUAUUGUACGAAUUGUCAGAAUUGUUUCUAAUGAAACAUGUAUCUGCAUGACACUGCUCAAUUUAUGAAUGUCAAAAUGGUAUAUUAAACCUGUUCUAACCUUAUUUACUCUUCUGUCGCCUAAAUGUUUUUGUCGCCCGUCGAUGACGAAGGCAUAUAGAUUUGGCGUUGUCCAUCCGUCCGUCCGUCCGUCCAUUUUCCGACCUAGCAAACAUUCAGGGGCUAUCUUACGGUACAGAGAAGAAACGAAAAUAAUAGAUUCAUUCUGUGAACAGGUGUAGGGGCUAGUAGCCCAUAAACUAACAAAAGAAGUAACAAAGGAAAUAUCUCAUAAACCUGAAAUGAUGGAUGUCCAUCCGUCUAGAGCAAUAUUCAGGAAUGGUUUUAAGAAUUGUGAGAGAAAUGUUAACUGCUGUAAGAAAAUGCCACCCUGCAAGUUCCAAUCGGAUUGCCUGUGUAAAGCAAGUUUUAAGAACCUUUAUACUUCUAUAAAUAUUACAUAUAUAGAGUUUUUAUUUCAUUAUUUCUCCUUCCGGAGUCAUAUCUCAGAAGUGGAUGAAAAAAGUUUUCAGUCAGAUUGCACGAGGACGACAAGAUUUAUGGCCCUUUUUUCUUGUGUAUAUACAUUAUUUUGCAAAACAUUAUGUACAAAUUUCAUUCCUUCUUCCGUCCGUCCGGGGCCAUAUUUAAGAUAUAGUAUGAGUAAUUCAAAUAUCACAUAGUAGAAAUGUUAACUUUGUGCGGCCUGCAAGGUUUCAGUGAAACUGCUUGAGGAAGACAAUUGUUAUUGCCCCUGGUACUUAAUAUAUGUUUUGCUAAAUAUUGUAUUUCUUUGCAAAUGGCAUAAGUCCACUUUUGCUAUUGGACAAGCUAAGUAUAGAAAUAGCUUUCUUGAAACCAAAGUGUUAGUUGCAUUUUGUGUUAAAGCCAGUGUUACUAAAUAUAGAAAAAAAAAUGGUUUACGAUCAAUAAUUUAGUUAGGAAUGAGAAAUUAAUACCAACUGUGGUAUGAUAGGUAGCUUUUCAUGAAAACUAAAAUUCAGUUGCAUUUUCGGUUGCGUUGGUCAAGGAUUAGAACAUAAAACAAAUUCUUUUGGUUAGUAAAUUCAAUUAGGACUGAAACAUUACACUAAAGUUGCAUGUUUUGCUUGGUCAUUGUUACAUACUAAAAUAUAUAAUGUUUUUACUCAAUAACUUCAGUUAGAAAUGAGGUGCUUUUGCUUUAAAUAUGUAAGCUGUUUUAGAUAAAUAACUGGAGUAAGAAAUGAGACGUUUGGGACCAAACUGACUUUUGAAAGCAGAGAAUGCUUUUUAACGCUUAAAUCUUUAUCUUGUGUGAUACCAAUUCACUGGGGUUACUUAAUAUAAAAGUUAACGUCCCGUCAUAAGUAAACAUAUUCUAGAAAGAGUGUUUACAAAAAUGAGGUUCAAGAAAGAUUUUUACAAUUUCAAAAUCAGUCCAAUUUUAUUCAGCUCUUCUAAUUCAUCAGCUUCUACUUAAUUAUCCAUCAAACAGUUACAUUUCUGCUAAUAAAAUGAUUCUCUUAAACUGCAUUUAUGUGAAUGUAAAUCGGACACCUUUGAAAGAAAGUCAGUUCCGUUUCUUUUACCAUUUGUUAUUAUUUCCUUAACCUUUCCAAUUACUUUUGUAAGGAGAAAAUUUUGUAAACUACAUCAUGACAUGUGAUUCGUCUCCAAAACGUAAAAAGGGCGAAUUUAAACACAUGAAUGAUUAACAUGACCAAGUAAGGUCUUCUUUAUUAUACAAGCUUGUGUCCCUAUUGUAGCUCACUGUUUUUUAACAUUUUCAUGCUUAUUAAACUAUAUUAAUUAUGUGUCAGUCUGUUUCAAUGAUCUGGAGUAUAUCAUAGGUAUUCAGUAUGAUUAUAAAUACAUUUAGUUAGUUUCAAAUGAUAUUCAGUAUAUAUACUAUUGUAUUUAAACAAACAUUUUGCAUUUGCAGGUUUGUAUGAAUAAAAUAUUGUGACAGUAUUUUUGGUAUUUAAAAAUAACUACAUCUGCCUAUCCGAUACAUGUGAGGUGUGGAAUAUAUACCUCAUUAUUUAUACGUUAGUUGCACUUUUUCAUUGAGCAUAAUAUUUUAUUUGCAUUCCACUUCUUUGUGAAUUUGAAGGAAUAGAUCGCUUUAGGUCAAAUUAUUUAGUAGCUGUCAAUUUAACCUGAUACUCUUGAUGCUUAGGACUGUUUACACCAAAUAGGAAGAGACUACUCAGUGUUACAUGUGAAGUAGUGCAAAAUGUAGUUCUAUAUGGUACAGUGAGUCAUAUAAGGAUGUAACGGUUAUAUUUUUCAGCUUCGUUUUAUUGCUUAUUGUAUUGGGAAAAUAUCUAAACCACUUGUAUUGUGAAUUUCCAGGUUUUUAUUUAUUUCAUUAAGAAAAUGUCUACAUACGCAUAUUACUCAGCAGCAGUUUUUCCAUGAGCAUGAUCACACUAUGUUAUUUUCCUAAACAGAUCUUUUUUUUUCUUAUAUGUAACAUAACAACUCAAUACUUUAUUUAUUUUAGCAAGAAAACAUAUUAUGCUAACUGGCUAUAAUUAUGUAGUUUUCAUAUUACUGACAUGCUAAAAGGUACUGAAAAUAAGGUCUCAAUAUUUAAUCAUUUAUAUGACAUACAGAUGGAAUUGAAUUUGUCUAAUGUUACCUGUAAUUAGAUUAUUUUUGCUUUGAAACGGUCAUGUCAUUUCAAAGGUAAUUAUUUUUUACUUACAAUAUUUUCUCUUGCUCUAUUGUAUUUUUAAACUAUGAUAUGUUUCUUGCAGAAAAUGCGUUUUAAGCACCCUUACAGCAGUUAAAAUAUUUUGAUAUCAUUU